GUGUGUUCUUCGUUCAUCUUCGUCUCUCGAUAAGAAAAAUAGAAGUUUCCAUGCUUUUUCGGUGCAUUGCGACGAAAUUUGCAAUUUAUUUACGUUAUAAGGCGUGAAAAAAGCAUUGAGAAGUCUAUAAUCGUGAUAAAAGGACUUUGGGAAAUCAAUCAACAGCAGACAACAUGGCCGAAGAUUUCGAUGUUGAAGCGAUGCUGGAGGCACCAUACAUGAAAAAUAAUGCAAGCCGGGGAGAUUACGAUCAACCUGCCAACAGCCGAAAAUCGCCCUAUAGAGAUCGCGAGGACAGCAGUACUGGUAAAGGUGGAAGCAAAUCUUCUUCGUCAACUCAUUUAAAUGGUCGCAAACACUAUUCAAGAAGUCGUUCUGGUUCACCACGUACCACAGAUGAUCGUAAAGCCCGCAAAUCGAAGGAUCGUGAACGUCAUCGCGAUCGAGAUGAAAGUCGUUAUUCAAGGGAUAGAGAUCGCAUUCGAGAUAAGGACCGCGUUCGUGACCGGGAACGUAAUGGCGAACGUGAAAGGCGUUAUGGAUCACAAGAGCGUGAUCGCGAGCGCGAUCGUGAUCGUGGUAUUGAAAAGCGACGGAGCCGAUCCAAGGAUAGACGUCGCAGCAGUCGUUCACGAGAACGUGAGCGCGAGCGACGUUCAAGAGAAAGACGUGGCAGUAAACCACGUUCAGAGCGUCGUCGUAGUCGAUCACCCACUAGAGACCGUCGCUCAAGGGACAGGAAGCUUAGCCCUGUUAAAGAAUUAAGAGGCGGAAGACCAGAAUUUGUUUCAAGAUCAAGAGAAAAAAGCAAGCGCCGCAGUAACUCUCCGCGACCUUUCCGUCGGGGCCGAACGCCACCAAAUGGUCUUGGUGAUCGAUCGCCCCGUGCUGAUCUCAGCCCAGAGGAACGUGAUGCCCGUACAGUUUUCUGCAUGCAGUUAUCCCAGCGCAUACGUGCUCGCGAUUUGGAGGAAUUUUUCUCCAGCGUUGGAAAAGUACGAGAUGUACGGUUAAUCACCUGCAAUAAAACCAAACGAUUCAAGGGUAUUGCUUAUAUUGAAUUCAAAGAUCCAGAAUCAGUAGCACUUGCACUGGGUUUGUCGGGACAAAGACUAUUGGGCAUUCCAAUUUCGGUGCAACAUACACAGGCUGAGAAAAAUCGUAUCGCAAAUGCGGCGCCCGUUUUUACGCCCAAAAAUCAUACAGGCCCUAUGCGGUUAUAUGUAGGUUCUUUGCACUUCAAUAUCACUGAAGAUAUGCUUCGAGGUAUAUUCGAACCAUUUGGAAAAAUAGACUCCAUACAACUUAUAAUGGAUACAGAGACUGGUCGUUCAAAGGGAUAUGGAUUUAUUACGUAUCACAAUGCGGACGACGCCAAGAAAGCUUUAGAGCAAUUAAACGGAUUUGAAUUGGCUGGCCGACCAAUGAAGGUUGGAAAUGUGACUGAACGUUUAGAUAUGAAUACAUCGUCUCUGGAUACAGAUGAAAUGGAUCGAAGUGGCAUAGAUUUGGGCGCUACUGGUAGACUGCAACUAAUGUUUAAGCUCGCAGAGGGUGCUGGUUUGGCAGUGCCGCAAGCUGCUGCAAAUGCGUUAUUAGCCACUGCACCACAGCCCGCACCAGUUCAGACCCAAACGCAAACUCCGGCCAUAGCUACGCAAUGCUUUAUGCUGUCCAACAUGUUUGAUCCGCGCACUGAGACUAAUCCUGCAUGGGAUAGUGAAAUACGUGAAGAUGUCAUUGAUGAGUGCUCAAAGCAUGGAGGUGUACUGCAUAUUUUUGUUGACAAAGCCUCUCCCACGGGUAACGUCUAUGUGAAAUGUCCGAGCAUAACCACGGCAGUACUAGCAGUAAAUGAACUCCAUGGGCGCUGGUUUGCUGGCCGCGUCAUUACUGCUGCUUACGUACCAUUACUGAAUUAUCAUUCUCUAUUUCCGGAUGCGAUAACGGCGGUUAAUUUACUAGCAUCGAAACGAAAGUCUGGCGAAUAAAGUGGUUACUGAAGGUUAUUUUUAAGUAAAUAUGCUACAAUUGGCUUUCAAAUUUUAUAAAUCGGUCGGUUGUUUGGGCAUGUAGUCCACAUUAUGUUCACCAUGCAUUCCUGCUCUCCUAAGCCUAGAUGAGAUUGAUAUUCGAUCCACUCUCAGAUUGCAUCGUUUUUAUAGACACAACACCCGUAGCAGACUUAUUGCAUGGGAUUAUAUUCGACAUCUGCCUAGUUGUAAUCUAAUCGUUCUAAUUUUUUUCUGCUUAUUUGUAUUUUAGUAAAACUUUGAAGUUUGGUAUACUGUAAAAAUAUGCAUAAUCUUAUAAAUGAACACAAUUCAAUGAAUAAAACACAUUCUAUAUAUA